AGAGAGAGAGAGAGAGAGAGAGAGAGACUCAGAGGCAAAUGGGGAGAGUGCUGGCGUUGUAGGGAGAGAGCAGUGGAGGUGAGGAGGGUCUGGCUGAACACGGACCCCGCUGGAAACUUCACAUCCACAGAAAUACGUCGCUACAGAGCGUCGCGCUCUUAUAUGGAGGAGAGACUCGCCUGAUGACCCUCUCACUGGCUCUGUCGACGGUGUGAAUGCGGGCCGCCAUGUCCCAGAUGCUCCACAUGGAGAUCCCUAACUUUGGCAGCAUGGUGCUGGGCUCCCUGAAUGAGCAGCGGCUGCAGGGCCAGUACUGCGACGUCUCCAUCCUGGUGAAGGGCCAGACGUUCAAGGCCCACCGCGCCGUUCUGGCUGCCAGCAGCCUGUACUUCCGCGACCUGUUCAGCGGCAGCAGCAAAGCACAGUUCGAGCUGCCGUCCUCUGUCACGCCGGCUUGUUUCCAGCAGAUCCUCAGCUUCUGCUACACGGGGAAGCUGACCAUGGCCGCCAGUGAGCAGCUGGUCGUGAUGUACACGGCCGGAUACCUGCAGAUCCAGCACAUCGUAGAGCGCGGCAUGGACCUGAUGUUCAAAGCCAACUCGCCACACUGCGACUCAGCCACAGCCGCCAUGGAUGAGCCCAACUCGGGCCCGCAGAGUCCCUGCACCCACCCACUGGUGCCAGCCGGCUGGUCACCCUCGCUGCCAUCGCAGACCCGCAGGAUCAAGCUGGAGGAGCCGCUGGCCAAACGAGCUAGCGAUGGGACACGUUCGGCACGGGCCGCACCCCUGUUCUCGGCAGGGUCGUUUCCGCCCGGGGGUCCGGCGUAUCUGGGAGAGCGUUCCAGUCCAGGAGCGUCCAGCCUUCCGACCACUGACAGCCCCACGUCUUACCAGAACGAAGACGAAGAGCUUGAGGAAGAGCCGUUCGACGCAGACGAGACUUACAGCCAGCUGUGCGGCCGCUCGGCCAACCCUUACGGAAUGGCAGAGAAGCCGGAGAUGGCGGUCAUGCCGGUGUCAUUGGAGAACCGCUCAUGUGUGCUGAUAGCCGCAGAGAUCUGGUGGCUCUGCACGCUAGUCUCAUCAGUCAGAUCGGCUACCGAUGCCAUCCCAAACUCUACACCGAGGGAGACCCGGAGAAACUGGAACUGGUGGCAGAUGUUGUUCAUGCACUGGAGCUGA